AUGACUCCCGCCGUAUUUCUAGGACUAAUUAUCAACCAGGAUAUCCAGCGAGGACCAAGCUUCUUCAACGAGCCCCCCAGUCACGUGGAAUUCCACAAUGACACUGCCACGAUCGUGCCCUGCCUCGCCAAGGGAAACCCUACGCCACUGGUCACGUGGACGCAGCAGGACGGCAGCCCUUUACCGGACGUGGCAGGAGUCCGGCACACGAGGCCGGACGGGCUGCUGGUCUUCCCGCCCUUUUCAGCAGAGAACUUCAGGCAAGGAGUCCAUGAUGCUGUCUACAGGUGUGUGGCGACGAAUGUCAUAGGGAGCAUCGUCAGCAGAGAAGUCCGAGUCAAAGCAGUUGUCAAAAGACGAUACAAAGCCCAAGUAUACGAUGAGUUCGUCGUCCGUGGCAAUACUGCAGUUCUCCGAUGCCAGGUUCCAUCUUUUGUAAAGGAAUACAUCACUUUCCAAUGGAAGAGAGGAGAUGGAGUCACAAUUAAUUCCACAGUAACCAGAGGUGGCCGCUACAGCGUGCUCCCCACCGGCGAGCUCUACAUCCGAGGGGUCACGCAGGCCGACGGACAGAAGAGUUACAGCUGCCAGACACGCCACCGACUCACCGGGGACUCGGUCGUCAGUGCCUCCGCCGGAAGCCUCUUUGUCACAGAGCCUCAUGGAACUUCGUCUCCUAAAGUCAUCGAUAUUCGACCCCUCGUAUCCGCCAAAGAUGGAGAAACGUUGGAACUAGCGUGUGCAGCAACAGCUUUCCCAGCUCCGUCCUACAGAUGGUAUCGCGAAGAAGAUGGCCGUCUGGUGUCGAUGAGCUCCAGUCAUCGAGUCACUCUCCUGGACGGGUCCCUGGUACUGCAGUACGUCACUGUUCAGGACAGCGCGCGAUAUGUGUGUGUCGUCAACAACAGUGCAGGAGAAGACAGAGCUUUCACGUUGCUUACAGUUUCGGCACCCCUAUCUGUCCACAUCUCCCCCAGCCAACAGACAGCAGACGUGGGACGGUCGGCCACCUUCAACUGCACUGUGUCCGGUCAUCCGGUCCGGUCCGUCACGUGGAUGAAGGAUCGGCAGCCGAUCGAGGACUUCCACGGGGGAGGACGAGCGCUUCUACUGGCCAGAGACGUGCUCCAUAUUCCCGCCGUACAGAGGGAGGACAGAGGGAUGUACCAGUGCUUUGCCUACAACGACCAGGAAUCAGCACAGGGCACUGCGGAGCUCAGACUUGGAGAUGUGGCCCCUACCCUUCUGGGCACUUUCCUGGGAGAUGCUGUUCGCCCGGGAUCUUCUGUCUCUCUGCGUUGUACAGCUUCGGGGAACCCUCUGCCUCAAGUAACCUGGCUCUUGGACGAAGUUAACAUUCCUGAUGCCUUACGCUUCCGUGUGGGGGAUUACGUCACAUCCGAUGGCCACGUCAUGAGUUACGUAAAUAUCACGGACGUUCAUCUCGAAGAUGGAGGGGAAUACACGUGCUCCGCAGCAAAUGCGAUAGCUGCAGUACGUCACACGGCGAGGCUGGACGUGUACGGACCACCUUUCGUGAGACCAAUGGUCAACGUGAGUGUGGUGGCCGGACAAACUUUUGUGCUCAAAUGUCCAUUCUCAGGCUACCCUAUCGAUUCCGUCACGUGGUUAAAAGAUGGCGCCACUCUACCCAUAAAUCACCGUCAAAAGUUGGUUUCCAUGGGAAGAUUGGAAAUCCAGGAUAUACAACGGAGAGCGGACGAGGGAGCCUACAAGUGCCGUGUCUUCAGUCCAGACAAGAAGAGAGCAGAAGGGACUCUGCACAUAAAUGUCUUAGUGGCACCUAAGAUCGACUCAGUGCCAAUGCCACUAAAGACCUUCGCCGAGGAAGGGCAGAAGUCCAAGGUCAUGUGCAGCGUGGUACAGGGAGAUCCACCGGUACAGAUAAGCUGGAGGAAGAACGGCCUACCGAUCCCGCUUGAGAAGGAUCUUUCCGUGCAGAACUUCGACGAUUCUUCCCUUUUGAUGUUCAGGAAGGCCGCAUCCCACCACUCAGGAAACUACACCUGUUUUGCUUCCAAUUCAGCUGCAACCGUCAACAGGACUGUAGAGAUUAUUAUUAAUGUUCCUCCGAAGUGGGUUGUUGAACCGAGCAAUAGUUUUGCCAUCGUCGGACAGCGAGUGACUAUGGAUUGUGUUGCUGAAGGAUACCCCAGUCCAAGAAUAUAUUGGAAGAAAGCAACAGGACCACAGGCGACAGAUUUCCGUGACGUGCUGUCCAGCUAUCGUCGUCAGGUGUUCGACAACGGCUCGCUGGCCCUGCAGGAGGUGGGGGACGCAGACGAAGGGCACUACCUCUGCCAGGCCAGCAACGGCAUCGGGGCUGGACUCAGCAAGGUCGUGCACCUUAAAGUCCACACUCCGCCCCGGUUCGAAUCUAAGUUCGUCAGCCAUACCAUUCCGAAGGGCAAAGACGCGGAACUGCACUGCGAGGCUUCCGGAGAGCUGCCGAUCCAGAUUCAGUGGGAGAAAGACAAACAGCCCCUGGACAUAAAGAGCACUAAAAGACUGUCUGCCAAGGAAGAACCCGGUGCCCAGUCGGUGCUGUCCAAGCUGAUCAUCCAAGAGGCAACCCGAGCCGAUUCCGCCCUCUACACCUGCAUCGCGUCCAACGAAUUCGGAUCGGAUGAAACCAAUAUACAGUUGGUAGUUCAAGAACCUCCUUCUCCGCCCAGUGACCUGUCCGUGAAAGAGAAGAGCAGCCGAUCCGUGGUGCUGAGCUGGUCCCCGACAUUCAGCGGAAACAGCCCUGUCACCAAAUACACGAUCCACUUCGGGAAUGCAACAGCAAACAACGCAGAAACUGCGCUAAAAGAAAAGACAGUUCCGGGCACCGAGACGAACCUUAUCGUCCGGGGUCUCCUUCCCGCCACUUCCUACAGAUUCCGAGUGAAGGCCGAGAAUAUCAUGGGGAGCAGCGAUCCGGGAGAGUUCAUCACAGUUCUCACCGAAGAGGAAGUUCCCGGUGGACCACCUCUGGAUGUUGAAGUUCGACCCACUGGUUCCCAAUCUCUAAAAGUCACGUGGAAGCCUCCUCGCAAGGAUCUUCAGCACGGCACUGUGAACGGAUACUACAUAGGAUACCGGGUGGCAGACACGGACGAGCAAUACCAGUACAAGAACGUGGAGGCGACUGGGGACGGGCAGGAACUCAGCUACCUCACCAACCUGCGCAGGCUCACCCACUACAAGGUCAUCGUGCAGGCCUACAACAAUGUCGGUGCCGGACCGAGAUCGGACGAAGUGUCUGCCACCACAUUAGAAGCAGCCCCUCCCACGUCUCCUCUUUUAUCUUUACGGUCAGUGACGUCAUCAUCGCUGACAGUGACGUGGGACCGCCCACAAGAUGACACAGGAAUUAGAGAAUACGUCUUGUACUACAAAACAGAUUCCGGGAUGGAAGGAUGGAUGGAAGAAAAGAUCAGCACUAGUGGAAAUCAGUAUACGUUAGACGGCCUCAAAUGUGGUACUGGGUACAGGCUGUAUAUGACCGCCACCAACAGUUUAGGCACUGGUGAACCCAGUGAAAUCAUUACUGCAAGAACAAAGGGAGCAGCUCCCGUGUCUCCAUCGAAGGAGCCCUUCCUGUCCGUCAACUCGACCUCAGUCUCUCUGCGUCUCUCGGCCUGGCAGAGCGGCGGCUGCCCCCUGCUCUACUUCUCCGUGGCCCUACGGACCGCGGGCCAGUUCCGGCGGGUCGCGGACCGCGUCGAGGCCGGACAACCGCUCUUCGACGUCCGACACCUCACCCCCAACAGGGAGUACACGAUGCGGGUAUCGGCGCACAGCGACGCGGGAACCACGGAAGCCGAGUACCGGUUCUCGACGCUCAACGCAACCACUGCGCAGACGCCAAACCUGAAGGGCUUCAGCCCCUCCCUUCCACAAGACAACCAACCUUUCUACCGAAACUUGACGGUGCUAUUGCCAGUGAUCAUUUCAGUAACGGUGCUGGUCAUCGUAGUCAUUGCUGUCAUUGUCUGUCUGCGACGUCAGGGAGACGUCGGAAGUAUGAGCGAAGACAGCAGGAAAGAGCGGCACGGUGAACCUAUGGGGCUGACAGAAUUCCCACAGAAAAGUCUGAAGGACCCGGACGGAUUUGGCAGCAAAUCGUCUUACUACUCCUCCCCCGCGAGAAAACCUCUGGCAAUGGCGUCCGGAUCACAAAGAGGAGUUCCGGGAGACAGUUCUCUAACAAUCAAAAAGUAUUCGGGGUGGUCCUGAUUCCAAGAGGAUUCGAUCGAAGGACAUUCCACCUUCUCUGUUCCAAGCCUCACAGACGCUGAUGUUCAUCCUGUUGUAUUUUUCUCACGCGUGACUGUACACUGUUUGUAUAUUCAAUAAAUUUUAACUGUAAAAA